UCGGCCCUUCCCUCGACCAAGAACGUCCAAAUCGCUGAUGCCUGCAAACGCAAGCUUUUCCUCCAUGCCUUGUAGUGCGUGUCUACUUUUGAUUGGUCAGCCAACUUCACCACAUCCCAUUUCCCCUUCUAUCAGCCCUGACCGGGACAAAUACUCGGAAUAUCUUUACCGAAACGCGUCUGAUCAGAGAGAGAGAGAGAGGGAGAGGAAAGAAGGGGGAAAGGAGGGAGCAUAGGGAGAGAAGCUUAGAGUGAGAAAGAGACGAUGAAGGGGAUUUUUCGGGUUAGGGUUUUCAACUAAAACCCAGUCAAGGAGAAAGACAAUCCCGAGCUCACGAUUUAAGUUCUUCCUUUGUUUCUCUCUAUUGAUAAAUUUUAUCUCAAUCUCUAUGAGGCAUCACAACUGCUAGAGUUCUGUAUACAAGGUAUAGAUUCCGAGGCGUAUACUGUAUAGUUUGGGUGAAAUUACCGGAUAUCGGAUUUGUGGUCAGGCUUACUGCGCUUAUUGACUGCUGUUAAGGUUUUCGGAAUUAAUUUAGCUUUGUAAAUGAAUCAGCACAGACGAGAGAGGUUUGAUGAUUGUCACAUUGAAUUGCGUAGAAAAGGCGUUUGGCGUAGAGGAGAUUCUUGUUUUCUCCUCUUCUUUAACUAAUAUCGAUGGUUAAUUUGAACAGAGGACCAAAAGUUUCAGAAAUUAGGUUUUCGUUUGAUGCUUGGAGGACAUACAAGUGAUUUCAAGAAAUGUUUCCUAAAAGUUGCUGUAUUUGAGUGGGAGCGAAGCUUUAGGCUCCCUCCACUAAGCAGGGAAGUGUCUAUUCAUGAGCUGGUUAUUCUCUACUUGAGCAAGAAGGAUAAUUUAAAUGAGGCGCCAAGCUGUAGUUUGAGGCUGCAACAUGAGUUGCGGCGGCGAGGAGAACAAAGAAGGUGCAGAUGAGGAGGAAUUUGGACAAUCGGCAAGGGACAAAUCUGUUGAAGUUGGUUUCCAUGUAGAGAAACAGUCGGCCUCGCAGAAUGAGUUGAUUCCUGGAACAGAGUUCAAGAUUGAUGAAAAACUUCUCAUCGAUCCGAAGCUACUCUACGUUGGAUCCAAAAUUGGAGAAGGAGCCCAUGGAAUAGUUUACGAAGGAAGUUGCUACAACGCCAAAUUAAACCUAAAAAUGUUGCCUUCACUUUUAUCAGGACAAACCACAGUUUUCCAGUACUGCAUGCUUAGCUGGUAUGGCAAUCAAAUAAUUGCAGUUAAAGUUCUCCAUUCUGGAAAAACCCCAGAAGAAAGAGAAGUGCUUGAAGGUCGUUUUGCCCGGGAAGUAACCAUGAUGUCAAGAGUAAAACACGAGAACCUUGUCAAGUUCAUUGGUGCCUGUAAGGAUCCUUUGAUGGUGAUAGCUACAGAACUAUUACCAGGGAUGUCACUUCGGAAGUAUUUGACUAGUAUUCGUCCAAAACAGUUGGAUCUUCAUGUUGCAAUAGGUUAUGCUCUUGAUAUUGCCCGAGCCAUGGAUUGUUUACAUGCAAAUGGGAUUAUACACAGAGAUCUAAAACCUGACAAUUUAUUACUCACGGCAAAUCAGAAGUCUGUAAAGCUUGCUGAUUUUGGUCUUGCAAGAGAAGAAUCUGUUACUGAGAUGAUGACUGCAGAAACUGGAACCUACCGCUGGAUGGCCCCUGAGUUGUACAGUACAGUGACUUUGCGUCAGGGGGAGAAGAAGCAUUAUAACAACAAGGUUGAUGUCUAUAGUUUUGGAAUUGUUCUAUGGGAGUUAUUGACCAACCAAAUGCCAUUUGAAGGCAUGUCCAACUUGCAGGCUGCUUAUGCUGCUGCUUUUAAGCAAGCAAGGCCAAGUCUUCCUGAAGAUUUACCGCCUGAUCUUGCAUUCAUCAUACAAUCAUGUUGGGUGGAGGACCCUAACAUCCGGCCUAGCUUCAGCCAGAUUAUUCGCAUGCUCAAUGCAUUCCUUUUCACACUCUCACCUGUCUUGCCACCCUCACAAGAAUCAGACACUGCCAAGAUGGUUACACCAAGUGAUGGUAUGAUGAUUGAGUCAUCUGCACGUGGAAGAGGGAAGUUUUCCUUCCUUCGCCAACUUUUUGCUGCAAGGAGGAUGAGGAACUCACAGUGAACGGGUAAAUUUUGAAAUAUUCCUGACCUUCCAUUUCAACUAAAAAAAGAUAUCCUGCCAUAUUAUUAUUAUUAUAUAUUUCUCUGUUAAUCUCUCUUUCCACAAAUAAACUUGCUGGCAAUGGAUGGAAAUAUGUGAAAAGAAAUGAUACUAAAUCACAAAUAGGAAAAGUUAAAAAAUAGGUAUUGGAUCUCCCUUAAUCUAGUCUUUCCUAUUGCAAAUAGAACUACAUGUUUGUUCACACAGAAAGCUAUUAUAGUUACAGAUUCAUACACUUGUUCCCCCAAAAUGCUGGUCGUACUCGUAUAUACGGUUAAGUUGAGAUGAUGCUCCACUUGUACGACAUACUUCUUUAACAGGCUAUAUAGCAAAUUUGCAUUCCGUAUACGUAUAUUUUAUUU